UUCACUUCAUUCAUUAUACUGUAACUUCUCGAUACAUCUACCUAUUUUGAAUUAAUAUUGUUUUUUAAAUUAAGUUUCGCUUAUAAUGGUUAAACUAACUCCAGAAUUGAUAAAUCAGUCCAUGCAGUACAUAAAUCCAUGCCGGGAUAGAGAAUUAGAUCUUCGAGGUUAUAAAAUUCCCCAGAUUGAGAAUCUAGGCGCUACAUUAGAUCAGUUUGACACCAUAGAUUUUUCUGAUAAUGACCUGCGUAAAAUAGAUGGUUUUCCAUUUUUGCCCCGCUUAAAGUGUUUGUUAUUCAACAAUAAUCGCAUUGUCCGAAUAGAUGAAUACAUACAUGAAUCUAUACCAAAUCUACAGUCAUUAAUUUUGACUGGAAACAACCUUCAGGAACUAGGAGAUUUAGAACCCCUAACACAUUUAAAAAAUUUAGACACAUUGUGUUUAUUAGUAAACCCGGUUUCAACAAAAAAACAUUACAGAGAGUAUAUUGCUUUUAAAUUUCCAAAUUUAAGAUUACUAGAUUUCAGAAAGAUUAAACAAAGCUUUAGAAAGGAAUCCCAAGAAUUUUUUCGUUCAAAGGAGGGAAAAGAAAUUUUGAAAGAUAUUUACAAAAAAUCUAAAGCUUCAGCAAACAUUUCUAUAGAAAAUAAAUCACAAGCAAUAAAUGCAAGUCCGGAGGAAAUUCAGAAGAUCAAAGAAGCGAUCAAAAAUGCUAGAUCACUGCAAGAGGUCGAAAGGCUAACCAAGCUCUUACAAUCAGGCCAAAAUGAAAUGAUGGAAAUAGAAUAAUCAAUUUUAUCGAAGAAUAAAUAAAACAAUUUUUAUUUUCAUAAUGAAAGUGUAUCAUUAAUAUUUGUUAAAGAAGGCACUACAAGGUAUAUCAUAUAUCAGAGUUCAUAGCAACAUUGCUGUAAAUAUCUCAGACUAAGGUAUAAAAAUGCCUUUUGUUAUAGCUCCAACGUUACUUAAAAUUUUCUUAAAAUAUAUUGUAUUACAAAUCAC